AUGAAGGUUUUGGCUUGGAAUUGCCGCGGGAUUAACAAUCUGGCUGCCGUUCAAUCGUUGAAACGACUCAUUCAACAGCACCGACCCUCGAUCAUCUUUAUUUCUGAAACAAAGGUGGAUGACUGGGAAUAUUUGAACUCGUUAAGGUUACAACUCGGCUUCCUGAAUUGCGAAGCGGUUUUCACUGGUCGAUCAGGAGGGGUGGCACUUCUCUGGGCUGAUGGAUUAGAUAUCUUGUUCCGAUCGAAAUCGUCGUCUCAUGUGGAUGUGGAGGUUAGGGCUUUUGAUGGAUCUGGGAUUGCCUGGAGACUGACGGGUCUGUAUGGUCAGCCGGUCACCGCGAACCGCCAUCUUACUUGGACUCUACUUCAGGAUUUGGGGGCUGAAUCCUCGCUGCUUUGGGUGGUUAUCGGUGAUAUGAACGAGCUGCUACAUGCCUCAGAGAAGGAAGGGGGAGUUGUGCGUAGGGAGGGUCAGAUGCAACCGUUUCGGGAUGUUUUGAACCAUUGUGAUCUGGUGGACCUAAGGUUCCAUGGAGCUCCGUAUACUUGGCGUGGUCCGAACAUGAGAAGUAGACUUGAUCGAGCGGUGGCAACGUCUUCCUGGUCUGAUAUAUUCCCUACAGCCCGAGUCUCUCAUCUCCCACCAAUACACGGAGACCAUGUACCAAUCCUUUUGGCGAUCAAUAGUGUUGUACCGCAGGUCUGGAGGAAGGGCUUUCGUCGUUUCAGAUUUGAAAGUUUCUGGGUCCAGCAUCAGGAUUGUCAGAAUGUGAUAUCAGAGGGUUGGGUUAAGCAAGUUAUGGGCCAACCAAUGUAUCAGGUCUCAAGGAGAAUUAUGCAUACCAGGAUCUCAUUGAGUAAUUGGCAAAGGAGUGUGUUUGGAUGCAGGAGUCGUGAAAUUGACCAACUCCGGACACGGCUACAAGUCAUCUCUGAAUCUCCUUUGACCGAGGUGAACCAAAGUGAGAGUGUGUCUCUGUAUUCCAAGUUGGAUGGACUACUGGAAGAGGAGAAUACUUAUUGGAAACAACGGUCCAAGGUUGCUUGGCUAGUUGAAGGUGACCGGAAUACUAAGUUUUUUCCACCGUAA